ACACACCAACCACAGUGCCAAAGACUAAAAACAAAGCUAGAGAAGAAGCUGUGGUCUUCAUCUGUGUGUGGUUUUGAAACUCUGGGAAAAUAUGGAUCCAGAAGCCUUCUCAGCGAGCCUCUUCAAGUGGGACCUACGAGGCAUGGUUGUUCCGCCGAGCCGGGCUCAGCUAGAAGCCGCCGUGACGCCUCAAGCUGCCGCUGCAGCUGCGGCUUACGCUGCCGUGAGGCCGCAGAGAGAGCUCGGAGGGCUUGAGGACUUGUUCCAGGCUUAUGGGGUCAGAUACUACACGGCAGCGAAGAUAGCCGAGCUCGGCUUUACUGUGAACACCCUUUUGGAUAUGAGGGACGGUGAGCUUGACGACAUGAUGAGUAGCCUCUCUCAGAUAUUCAGGUGGGAUUUGCUUGUGGGUGAGAGGUACGGUAUCAAAGCCGCCGUCAGAGCAGAGCGUCGUCGCCUCGAUGACGAGGACUCGAGGCGGCGCCACACCGUCUCCGGCGACACCACCACCAAUGCCCUAGAUGCUCUCUCCCAAGAAGGGUUGUCGGAGGAGCCGGUGCAACAAGAGAAGGAGAUGGUGGGGAGCGGCGGAGGGGCCGCCUGGGAAGUGGUGGCGGCGGCAGGGGAGAAGCGGAAGAAGCAGCGAAGGACGAGGAAGGGGCAAUAUAGGAAUUUCAAUGGCAUCAGAGGGGGGCAUAAUAAUAAUGAUUAUAAUGAGGGUGUGGACAACGAGGACGACAACGACUUGGACUACAUGAAUGGGCACGGGAACGGUGGAGGAGGGGGGUUGCUGAGCGAGAGACAGAGGGAGCACCCGUUCAUUGUGACUGAGCCUGGGGAGGUGGCACGUGGCAAAAAGAACGGCCUAGAUUACCUCUUCCAUCUCUACGAGCAGUGCCGUGAUUUCUUGAUCCAGGUCCAAAACAUUGCAAAGGAGCGCGGUGAAAAAUGUCCAACCAAGGUAACAAACCAAGUGUUUAGGUUUGCAAAAAAGGCAGGGGCAAGCUACAUCAACAAGCCCAAGAUGCGACACUACGUGCAUUGCUAUGCGCUGCAUUGCUUGGACGAGGAGGCCUCCAAUGCACUGAGGAGAGUUUUUAAGGAGAGAGGCGAAAAUGUGGGGGCCUGGAGACAGGCAUGUUACAAGCCUCUUGUGGCCAUCGCAGCAGGCCAAGGCUGGGACAUUGAUGCCAUCUUCAAUUCUCAUCCCCGCCUCUCCAUUUGGUAUGUUCCCACCAAGCUCCGGCAGCUUUGUCACACUGAGCGUAACAAUGCCACGGCCUCUAGCUCUGCCUCUGGUGGUGACGGUGGUGGCCGUGAUCACCUACCCUACUGAUCAAAGUGCAUGCCCCUAGAUAUGACUUUGAAGAAAGAGAGAAUUUGAGGAAAUUAACUAGUGGGUUUUAUGUACUUUAGGUUAGAACUUAGAACGGAGACAGUUAUAUGGAUGAGUCUUAUUUAGGAUCUUUGUGUUCUGAUGUUUCAAAAGUUAGCUAUAUUUAACAGUUUUUACUAAUCUACAAUGAUAAAAAUCUAAUGUGCUU